AUGGCCUUGCUCGAGGCCUUUCUCGCUUUCAUCUCCCAUCAUCAGUGCGCAGGCCUCGCCGCGGGCCCUUUUUUGGCCAUUCUCCUCUAUAUAGCAUACCAGCGUCUUCUCUCACCGCUAGCCGGCGUGCCAGGGCCCUGCCUUGCCAGUCUGACCAAACUCUGGAUCACAUGGCACUCCUGGCAAGGGGACCUCCACCGGGUCCUGAUCGAGCUCCAUAAUAAACACGGAGACCUUGUACGCAUUUCGCCAAAUGAAGUGAGCGUGGCAGAUCUGACGGCCAUCAAAAAGAUCUAUGGUGCCGGAUCGAAAUUCCAAAAGUCUGAUUGGUACAGCGUGUGGCAGGGACACAGGAAGUUCGACCUCUUUGCUGGUCGCGAUGAGGCUAUUCACGGGCAGCAGCGUCGGCUCGUCAGCAGAGCAUACUCAAUGGAAGCUCUGAAAGACCUGGAGCACUAUGUUGAUGACUCGAUCAGGACGUUCAUGCAAAACAUGGAAGACAGGGUAGGAAGCCCCAUAGAUAUGGGGAAAUGGGUCCAACUGUUUGCCUUCGACAUCAUCGGCGAAAUAACCUUCUCCAAAAAUUUUGGUUUUAUGGACGCAGGCACCGAUGAUGGUUCCUUCGGAGCAAUCGAAAUGGCUCUCCGCUCCGCAGCUUGGAUCGGGCAGGUGCCGUGCCUGUACUGGGUGCACGACUGGCUGAGUCCUGUAAUUGGCAACUGGCUAGGCGUCACAGCACGCAACGGGUCGCUGCGGCAAUUCGCACUGCGCGAGACCGAAGCUCGCAAGGGCCGCGGUACCGACCGUAAAGACAUCCUGAGCAAGCUGUUUGCCGUGCACAAGGAGCGGCCCGUCGAUUUCGACUACAGUGACCUCGUCUCCAUGGCUAGCUCGAACAUUUUCGCCGGCAGCGACACCACAGCCAUCUCGACCCGUGCUAUUAUCUACUAUUUGCUCAAGGACACGGCGUGCAAGCAACGGCUCGUCGAGGAGAUCGAUGACUUUCGCCGUCGCGGGAAGCUCAGUGAUCCGGUAACCCUGGACCAGGCGAACGAGAUGCCGUACCUGCAGGCUGUCAUGUACGAGGCGCUCCGGUGCCACCCUGCUGUAGGUAUGACUUUGCCGCGCGUGGUACCUCCUGGAGGGACCGAGAUUGCUGGAAAGUACUUCCCUGCUGGGGCUGUCGUCGGCGUCAAUCCAUGGGUUGUCCACCGCAACACGGAAGUGUAUGGUGAUGAUGUCGAAGAGUUUCGGCCAGAGCGUUGGCUCAAGGAAGAACACGGGGAUAUGCACCGCUUCUUCUUCGCCUUCGGAGCCGGCGCGCGCACCUGCAUCGGCAAGAACAUCAGCUGGAUGGAAAUGUCCAAGCUCAUUCCAACUCUUUUCCUUCGCUACGACCUGCAACUUGUCGAUCCAACUGCAAAUUGGACCGAAACAUGCUGGUGGUUUGUGAUGCAGCGCGGUAUCAACGUCGUUCUGCGCCGUAGGCUGUCAGAUCCCCUUUGAUCAUUUGUGCCCAUGCGGUUGGCCACAUGUUCAGCCGCGAACCACUCUUUUGAUGCACUUGUCAACAAUGAGC